GCUUCCCAAUGGAGAAAUUCUUUUGGCGACGAUGCUAAGAUGCAAGGGAGGCACCACGAGGGGAGGGACUGACAACAACAAUGUACCAGCAGACGGUGUAGAGCAGAGUUGGCUUACGAGAACAACGGAGGGGCUCUGAGCGGAUAUCUCCCGGGCAUUUACAUCCUAUGAAGCUUCGAUUUUGAGUUCUCAGCACCGCCGUGGGUUGAGAGUCGAGAUUCACUGGUUCAGGUCCCCCUCUCCAUUGUCUACCUAGUAGGUACCUACGGAGUAUAGCUGGGUUACUGGGUACCUAGGCUAGGUAGCUAGCUGGUGCUGGGUAGUCAGGUAAUUUCGUCAUGCCCGGGUCAAAGCACUAGCGUCUCUAUAAAAAGGCCCCUCCCCCUCACUGCUCCCUCGGCUCUACGUAACCUCUACCUACCUACAUUCAUGUUCUCCCGUCUACGUCGCCAACUUCCAAACAAACUUGCAACCAAAUACCAACAACCUACCACUCGACCCUUUACCUCCACAACCGCAGUCAUGGGUGUCACCAAGACGAUUCUUUCCGAGGGCAACGGCCCAAUCCCCAAGAAGGGAGACACCGUCACCAUCCAAUACACGGGCUAUCUCAAAGACACCAGCAAGCCUGACAACAAGGGCGACAAGUAAGCAAUUGGCUCUCCCUCUUCCCCUGACUACCUACUAGUCUCUCGGGUGCUCAUGCAAACCAUCUACAGAUUCGACUCUUCCGUUGGCCGUGGUCCUUUUGUCGUCCCUAUUGGCGUUGGCAAGGUCAUCAAGGGUAUGGCUAGAUCCAGUUCUAUACUAGUAGAGGUAAUCACUGACGGGUAAUCUUAGGAUGGGAUGAGGGUGUUACUACCAUGAAGGUUGGAGAGAAGGCCAGCUUGGACAUCACUUCGUAAGUCUGCCUAUAGCCAACUACUCAAUCAUAAGCCAAAGCAAUACUAAUUUCUACACAGAGACUUCGCAUAUGGCGACAAGUAUGUUAUCUGACAUUCUUUUUAGUUUUACAACAAAAUUCCUACAACGUGCAGGUACAGAACACAUACUGACUGAAAUACAGUGGUUUCCCAGGUCACAUCCCACCCGGAGCUGCUCUUAUCUUGUAAGCACUCGAGUCUUAUUUACCAACUACUACUUACCAGGAUUCUUACUAACAGACACUUAGUGAUGUUGAGCUCCAAGGUAUCAAAUAGGCGACGCAAAUCCUACCCGUCUACUCUCUCUUGCUUCAUAGCGUGGGUACCAGUUAGGACAUGGUGACCGAAGGCAGAAUCAAGCCCAACCUUAGCUGAAGAAAAAAUGAAACAAGACUGUUGAUAAGAUCCGAACCUUUUUUUGUUUACUUCUCGCUAGUACGUGACUGCAUGAGUUACUGAUUCGAGUAUCAUAUGGCCACAAUAGCUGGCUAGCCUUGCACAAAUCAAAUGCCCUUGGGGUCAUUUUAGGGCGAGCCUGAGUGAAUUGUUUCAGAAUGUGUGGUGAAUUUCCAAUUUUUUGCCCCACCCCUUCCGUCAUUGGCGGGGUCGUUGGGCAAAGCUCGGGAGUCAGUGACCCUUCACCCUUGAGCCUUGAGCCUUGAGCCGCUUGGUAAUGGUUUUCAGUAAUCAACACCUACAUUUGAGCAAGAGCAGCCUGAAAGACAUCGGGGAAAUAUACCUGUGUUCCCAGUGAAUCCAUUCAUAUAAAUAUUGUAAAUGUCAUGUGGAAAUAGUGAUAAGGUUCUUCAACUUCCAACUCUGCUCAACUGCUGAGCUCCAAUCAAGCCCCCUGUCGUGCUUAGUAAGGCUCUCUAGAGCCUUCGGUGAGCUCCAGCUCUCUGUGACGGGAAUUGGUCAACGGUCAACGCGACUGCCCAUUUCCAAGCACCUCUUCCUCUUACCUUUCAGGUUCUCAAGACUUCAUCUAGCGUACGACCAAUACCCUUACCCUCCAACCCCCAUCCGACGCACAUAUACACAGUUGAUCCUCUCAAAUUUCCUCUCCAACACCCUCCCAAACUACAAAUAGAACCGCUAUCUACCUGGAGCAGUUCACGUCUGGCAGUCUGGAACUUGAGCCUGCUUGGGACGCCCAAUCCUCCGCCACCAUUACCUCCCAAGCAGUAAACAACCAAGAGAGCAAGCUGGCGAAGCGCAAGUUAUCUGGUGCGGACGAGUCAACCCCGAUACAAAAGAAAAUAAUGGCUGUGAGUCGGCCUUUCCUGUCUCCGGGUGGUGGAGGGCACAUGGAGAUCGUCAGCGAGGAGUCUGGCUCUGAUAGUUGGAAGAAGCUAACCAUAUCACCACAGGACGCCAAAGAUAUAGAUAUGGAUACGAAAAUGCAGGUCGACGAAAGCGUCGUGGGCCACACGGAGAUUGAUGAGUCUCUAUACAGUCGACAACUCUACGUCCUGGGACACGAGGCCAUGAAGCGCAUGGGAGCUUCGAACGUGCUCAUUGUUGGGUUGAAGGGCUUGGGUGUGGAGAUUGCAAAGAACAUCGCUCUUGCUGGUGUCAAGAGUCUGACGGUCUACGACCCCGCCCCCGCAGCCAUUGCAGAUUUAUCAUCACAAUUUUUCCUCCACCCCGAGGACGUUGGCAAACCCAGAGCUACCGUUACAGCACCACGACUUGCGGAACUAAACGCAUAUACUCCUGUAUCCGUCCAUGAGUCAGACAGGUAUGUUUUCUGUUGCACUGCAAGCGGAGCAAAGCUAACGUGAUCUUUAGUCUAACUACCAACCUCUCCCAGUUCGACAAAUUUCAGGUUGUUGUUCUCACGAAUACUCCACUCAAGGAUCAACUUAUAAUUGGCGACUAUCUGCACUCCAAGGGCAUAUAUUUGGUGGUAGCUGAUACUUUUGGCCUCUUUGGAUCCAUUUUCUGCGAUUUUGGAGAGAAAUUCAGUGUUCUCGAUUCCACUGGCGAGGCACCCGUAAGUGGCAUUGUUGCGGGUAUCGACGAGGAAGGUCUUGUUUCUGCUUUGGAUGAGACUCGUCAUGGAUUGGAAGAUGGGGACUUUGUCACAUUUACGGAGCUUGUCGGCAUGGAAGCCCUUAACAUGGCAGAGCCUCGUAAGGUUACCGUCAAAGGGCCUUACACUUUCUCGAUCGGAGAUGUGUCUGGUCUCGGUACUUAUAAGAAAGGCGGUAUGUACCAGCAGGUUAAGAUGCCCAAGUUCAUUGACUUUAAGACCAUCACUUUAUCCAUUAAGAGCCCUGAAUUCCUGAUCUCUGAUUAUGCCAAAUUCGACCGUCCCCAACAACUUCACAUCGGAUUCCAGGCGCUUUAUGCUUUUGCACAAACUCACAACUACUUUCCAAGACCAAUGAACAAGGAGGAUGCGGCAGUUGUCAUCGCCUCCGCGAAAGCCUUUGCCAAAUCGGAAGGUCUCGAUGCUGAAUUGAACGAGAAGCUUCUUAUGGAACUUAGCUACCAAGCACAAGGUGAUCUUAGUCCUAUGGCUGCCUUCUUUGGUGGUCUUGCAGCUCAAGAGGUUCUUAAGGCAGUUUCUGGCAAAUUCCACCCCAUUAAUCAAUGGUUGUAUUUCGAUUCUCUAGAAUCGCUGCCAGCCAAUUUCGGGCGCUCAGAAGAGCUUUGCAAGCCUCUUAACUCACGUUAUGAUGGUCAAAUUGCUGUCUUUGGUCGGGAAUUUCAGGACAAGCUUGCAAAUAUUCAAGAAUUCUUGGUUGGUGCAGGUGCCAUCGGAUGCGAAAUGCUGAAAAACUGGGCAAUGAUCGGUCUUGCUGUUGGUCCAAAAGGAAAUAUCACUGUCACGGAUAUGGACUCUAUCGAAAAGAGCAAUCUCAAUCGACAAUUCUUGUUCCGACCAAAGGACGUUGGAAGCCUGAAGAGCGAGGCAGCAGCAGCAGCGGUUCAAGCCAUGAAUCCAGAACUGCAAGGUCAUAUUGUUACACUAAGAGAUAGAGUGGGACAAGAUACCGAGCACAUUUUUAACGAGGAUUUCUGGAAUUCUUUGGACGGAGUUACUAACGCACUUGACAAUGUUGAUGGGCGUACUUACGUCGAUCGUCGAUGCGUCUUUUUCCGCAAGCCUCUUUUGGAAAGUGGUACUUUGGGAACCAAGGGUAAUACCCAGGUUAUCAUUCCACAUUUGACCGAGUCAUACUCAAGCUCUCAAGACCCACCAGAGCAGUCAUUCCCGAUGUGCACGCUUAAGAGUUUCCCUAACAAGAUUGAGCAUACCAUUGCAUGGGCAAGAGAGCAUUUCGAGGCUUACUUUGUCAAGCCAGCUGAGACAGUGAACCUUUAUCUAAGCCAACCUAACUAUCUGGAAACCACCUUGAAACAGGGCGGCAACGAGAAGGCUACUCUCGAGAUGAUUCGCGAUUAUUUAGUGGAAGAUAAGCCACUUACUGUGGAAGAUUGUAUCAAGUGGGCACGUUUGCAAUUUGAGAAGCAGUUUAACAACGCUAUUCAACAGCUGCUCUAUAAUUUCCCCAAGGACUCGGUAUCGUCAAGCGGAGCUGCAUUCUGGUCCGGACCAAAGCGUGCCCCAGAUCCAUUGAAAUUCGACCCCAAGAAUGAAUUCCACUGGACUUUUAUUGCUGCAGGAGCCAAUCUUCAUGCUUUCAACUACAAUAUCAACACCAAGGAUCUUACCCCAACUACCAUACAGAAAGUCUUGGACAACAUGAUCAUUCCAGACUUUGCUCCAAGUUCCGCUGUCAAGAUUCAAGCUGAUGAUAGCGAGCCGGUAUGUAAAGCUCUAUUUAUUUUGUCUCUUGUUUAGAUCAAGAGAAUGCUAACGGUACUAGGAUCCAAAUGCAAAUGCCAGCGCAUUCACUGAUGGUGAAGAACUUCAAAAUGUCAUUGAUAAACUUCCACAGCCAAAAACCUUGGCUGGUUUCAAGCUUCAACCUGUUGAAUUCGAGAAGGAUGAUGACACCAACCAUCACAUUGAUUUCAUCACCGCUGCAAGCAAUUUACGUGCUGAGAAUUACAAGAUCGAACUUGCUGAUAGACACAAGACGAAAUUUAUCGCGGGCAAGAUCAUCCCAGCAAUCGCGACAACGACAGCACUGGUCACUGGGCUCGUCAUUCUUGAAUUGUACAAGGUGAUUGACGAGAAGAAGACGCUCGAGGAGUACAAGAAUGGAUUUGUCAACCUUGCUCUACCAUUCUUUGGUUUCAGUGAGCCAAUUGCAAGUCCCAAGGAUACAUAUAAGGGCAAGGAAGGUGAUGUCUCGAUUGACAAAUUGUGGGAUCGAUUCGAGAUUGACGAUAUGACAUUACAAGAGAUGCUCACAUGGUUCGAGAACAAAGGUCUGACCGUCACGAUGUUGAGCUCUGGUGUCAGUCUUUUGUACGCCAGCUUCUACUCAGCCACAAAGCUCAAAGAGAGAUACCCGAUGAAAUUGAGUGAACUUGUAGCUUUCAUUUCCAAAAAGCCGAUCCCAGACCACCAAAAGAAUGUCAUCUUUGAGAUCUGCGUGGAGGAUAGUGCUGAGGAGGACGUUGAGGUUCCAUAUGUCAUGAUGAAGAUGAACAGAUAGAGGAGGUCUUCUUUUGGCUGGGAGCUUGGAAUGAAUAUGAUGACGAUUCAUGGUUGAUGGAUAUUUUUUCUUUCAUGGGAGGUCCACGGUAGGCAGGGGAGAAUCACUUUAUGGUUGGCUUCAUGAUCGGUACAGCUAGAGCGCAUUUCCUUCUGUAUCAAGCCUUUUGACUCGAGCAAGCGAGUUUUUACAAAAUAGAAUCAUUUUCAAUUCAUUUUCAAUUCAUUUUCAUUGUUUUCGCUUGUGAUUCGUGUCUCUUGAGAA